GCGUUACGCAUCCGCCACAUCCGCUAUCACCAGGAAGUGCAUAUAAGCCGCUGUCUCGACGAUCCCUUCCACACGUCCUCUCUCACAUCUCAACCCUCAAACCGAAUCCGCUCCUGAUGCCAUCGAACCGUCACCCUCUCACACAAUGGCAUCCGACUUCGCAGCCGCCAAAGCCAAAUACGCCGGCCGGCCACGAGAAACGCUCAAAGUCCUGUACGACCACGAACUGCGCAACUGCCCGGGCAAAUCCAUCGUCGGGCUCGAGCUGCGGUACGCGCCGCACGGCUGGAGCCCGCCGCACCGGCACGCGGGCGCGACGGCGGUGGCCCACGUGCUGGAGGGCGUGUUCCUCAGCGGCAUGAACGGCACGCCGCCGCACGUCUACACGCCCGGCGAGACGUUCGUCGAGCUGCCGGGCUGCCACCACACCGUGUCGGACAACGCGAGCAGCACCGCGCCCAUGAGAGCGAUCGUCGUGCUCGUCGUGGACACGGCCGUGCUGCGGACCGAGAAGGGCUACGCGGCGCUGCUCGAGAUCGAUGCCGGCUGGGAGGGUGCUUGA